AUGGAUUUAGAUGAAGGCAACUUUUUAAAAAAGAUAUGCGAAAACCAAUUUGGACAAUGCAUAUACGAUCUAAAGAAGAUAUUACGCAAGCAGCCAAUGAUUAAUUAUGAACAAGACUUGGAUUUACCAACAGUUUCAAAAAAUUCAUUCGCAAUGUAUGUUGAAGACUUUAUUUCUCUUUCAGAAAGAGAACAAAUUAGUGGUUCUGUUGAUGUUUUAACAUGUUUGGCCCGUUUAAUUAAACCAUACAUCGAAAUUCCAUAUGAAUAUUGCGAAAUACUUAAUUCUCCAUACUUUUCUGAAAGGUUAGCUCAAUUAGCUUGCGUAAUAGAUCCAAUUUAUUUUAAUAAAUACUUAAGAAGUAUGAAAUAUUUAAUAGCUUGUCCAAGUGUCACUCAAGCAUUUCAAGAACAAGACUUAUUACAGUAUUAUUCAAAGUUUGUUCAGUACGUAUUGGACUCAGGCGAUGAAAAAGUUACAAUUCGCUUCUUUAAAUUGUUACGAAAAUUAAUUCGAUAUGAUUCUUCAUCAAUAGCUUCUUUAUUGAACCACGGACUUGUUCUAAUUGUUCCAUUAUCAGAGAUUGGCAAUAGAUUACCAGUUUUUACCUUACAAUAUCUCAAAUAUUUAAAUCUUUGUUUCAAAGUCAAUAGAGAGCUUUCUUUGACUCUCCCAAGUGAUCUAAUCGAUAGCUUACUAUCAGAUCUGCAAUCUUUGUACGGAAUAACAACAGAAUUAAAUGUUUUAAUAAUUGACAUUUUCUCUGGGUUUUCCGUCGAAGAUAAGCAAUCGUUAUUUUUAAUUAACCACAUGAUCCAUCUUUUUAUCAUGGAUAACCUCUUUUCGAACAAUAUUCCUUCUGCAAUAAUUCCUGAAGCGUUUACUAUUCUCAUUUCAUGUGCAAAUAAUAAUGAAUGCGGAGUAGCUAACGAAAUAGUUCAAAAAUUCGACUUUAACCUAUUAGGAGACAUAAUUCGAGAUUCUCGACCGUUAGUUUUCAAAUUUAUCUGCAUGUUUUUGCAGGCGAUAUUUACUAAUGUGCCCAACUCGGUUGAUUCUGCCCCAACAAUCCCAGAAGCCAUUGAAUCCAGAAUAAAUAGAAAAUGUUCGGCCCCAGAAAAGGAAGCGGCAGCUUUAGCUACACUCACUGCGUUCCAAAAUGGGGAAUCCCAAGAAAUCCAGAUGCUCUGGCUGCUUCCUUCGAUGAUUGAGAACUUAGUUUAUUAUAUCUUCAGCGUUCCAGAAUCUGAUCUCGAAAACAUCAAAACUGCUGUUACAAAAAUAUGGAAUCUCUCAGAAAAUAACAGCGAUAUUCGAGAAAUCCUUUCAAGUUUGUGCGAAAUUGAAAAAUUCAAUUUAUGA